ACAGACUGACAGACACUGACAUGGGUGGAUUAUAAUAUCUGUUUCUACUCCUGGUCUUAAGUUGGAAAGGUUUUCAGAUAUUUGCGUAUUGAAGAAAAUCUGAAUUUGAACUGACGUGACGAAAGACGAAACCAGAACUGAAGAAAAUUUAUCAAGAUUUUUAGGUCACUGUUGGAGCUGUGGAGUAAACCAGCACAAUGGAGGAGCUAAAAUACAGGGGGAAGAAAAGAGAGGUUAGACACAGGGACACAUGGGAUCCGUUCCAGCUGAACCCUGUAGGAGCAGAGAAGGAGCAGAAAAGAAGAUGUUUUGUGGUGGCCCAGUACCUCGUGGCUGUAAUCGUGGGGGUGGCCGUUUUAGCCAGCGCUGUUGUUGCCAAGGGGUCCCUUUUGAUGCUGUCCACUCUAUCCAGUCCACAUUCAUUGCGCACAUCAAAGGAAAAACAAUUCUACAAGCUAAUGUUGGUGUUCUGCUUGGUCUGCCCAAACUUCCUGGUUUUUAUGAAAUCUCUGUGGCGUUGCACAUUCAAAAGUUUUGUACAACCCAACAUGAGGACCAUGGCACUUAUUUGUGUCAUUGAAUGUUUAGUGUCCCUCGGUACUUCAGUCCUGGUUCUUGUUGUCAUGCCUCAGUUUGACAUACUGACUAAUCUCUUCAUCAGUGGAGGGGUCUGUAUUGUGUCGGCAAUACUGCAGAUAAUUUUCAGACUGCAAAGAGAAACGUGGAAAAUUAUCUUCCCAAUCUGCUCCCUCAUUCUCACAAGCGCUGGUUACUGCCUCCUGGGAAUGGACUAUUACGUUCGCAUCUCAACGUAUGUGGAUCAAGAAUGCGAAAACUGUUUUGUCUACGUGGGAAUAGGAAUUUUUUCUUCUCUCCUUGUCUCCCUGUGCUGGUGGGAAAACACAAUGCAGGCCACACACAAAAUGCAGGACACGUUGUCAGAACUGGAAGGUUUCAGGGACUUUGUCUUUGUGAUCAGCAGCAUUUUGAGAAUACUCGUGAUAGGGGCGGUGUACCUCAUCUAUGAUGUGCUCAUUAAAAGAAGCUUUGAAAAUGAAUAUAGCAAAGACAAAAGCAUCGUCUGGUCGGACUUCAAUCUGCAGGAUGACGACUGGGAACUCCUACAAAUAGGACUUGUACUUUUGUUCUUACAGGCUUUCUGUGCAGCAGCCUGCCACUGGUUUGGUGUGGUGGCCUGUAAGAUCCAUGCUGUCAGGAUGAGUUUUGCUAUACCUCUAUGCUGCACGGGACCUACGGUUCUUGGGUGUCCCAUGGUGUGGUACCAGAAGUUUGAAUAUGCAGUAGGUCAUUGGCUUCAGAAGACAGCAGAGCACGUGUUUGGCUCUGUAUUGUGCAGUCCAGGAUGUUUCAGUCUGUUUCGGGGUUCUGCCCUAAUGGAUGACAACAUUCUGAAGAGAUACACAACAACUGCAACAAAAGGAGCACAAUAUGUGCAGUAUGACCAAGGGGAGGAUCGCUGGCUGUGUACCUUGCUACUACAACAAGGAUGGCGCGUCGAAUACAAUGCUGCUUCAGAUGCAUACACCAAUUCACCGCAAGAAUUCAAAGAGUUUUACAAUCAGAGGAGACGAUGGGGCCCUUCUACGCUGGCUAAUACUCUGGACCUUUUGCAUAGUGGUAAAGAAACAGUGAAGAGAAACUCGUCCAUUUCCAGACUUUACAUCUUCUAUCAGAUGUUCACUGUUGGAUCUUCUAUCCUGGGACCAGCCUCUGUAACUCUAAUGAUAGCAGGAGCUUUUCAGUUUAUCUUGAAAAUGGCUGGUACACUUUCCAUCAUCAUCGCAUGCAUUCCUCCAGUUUUCUACAUCAUCAUCUGUUUCGUUACAAAGGCAAACACCCAAAUAACUAUUGCUGCCAUUAUGAGUGUUCUCUAUGCAUUCCUCAUGACUGCAUCCUUUUUUUCCAUCAUUGGUGACAUGGUGGUGCAGGGGACAUUCUUGACCCCUACUGGCGUGUUUUUGGUUUCCAUGGCAAUUAUGUACAUGGUGACAGCUAUAUUACACCCAGAGGAGAUGGGAUUGAUUAUCUAUGGUCUGAUGUAUUUCAUCUGUAUUCCCAGUGGAUACCUCCUACUAACCAUCUACUCACUGGUUAACAUGAACAAUGUGUCUUGGGGCACAAGGGAGUCCAACAAGGGAGUGGGGGAAGAUAAGAAAAGCCAAAGUGUUCUGUGUAAGAAAGACUGUAAACUCUGCUGCUGGGACAUGAAGAUUCAAGUAACCCAGGAAACAGACAAUGUCAUGCUUCAGCAGAUCACAACUAUGACCCAGCAAACACUUCCACUUUUACCCGGCAAGAAAGAAAAACCUCUACAGGCUGCAUCAAAAGCUGAACCUAAAACCAAAGAAAAAGAUCUAGAAUCUAAAAAUCAUUUAGCUGAUAAAAACAAAGAGGAAGGGUCAAUAAGCAGUGAUGCUGCAACUACUGACAGUGGCAUUGUUGAGAAAAAGAGCCCAUUGACAAAUUUAUCUGAUGACGAAGAUGACAGGGAUAACUACUGCGGUGAUUUAGAGGAAGAAGAGGUUACUGUCAAAGAGUGGGUGGAGCCUGUGAAACAGGAGUUUCUGAAGAAGCUCACUUAUUUCAACAUGAAGAGAAAUCUACAAGCACAAAUACGAUACACACUCCGCAACAAAAUUUACGAUGAUGUGUGUGAGGAGUUGGUGCUGAUGUUAACCGACUCUCUUAACACAGAGCUCAGAGAUGUGGGGCCUGAGGACAUUUUGGAUCAACCUAGGUUAGAGAUGUUACAAGAUGAACUGACAAAACAGGCACGUCACAUCCUUAAGAACAAUCGUUUGCCUAAAUUAGAGAAGAGAGUUAAAGUCGCCAUUGAAAAAACUCUUGCCGGCCCACAAGUUCGAAGAAUAGACGAGGAGGAGAAGGACUUCUGGACGAAGCUCAUUGAGCGUUACCUGACACCGAUCAAAGAUACAGAUGAACACAAGGCGCAAGUCGACAAAGAACUGAAGUCACUUCGCAACAAGGCGGUCUUCCUGUACUUUAUCAUCAAUGUGCUGUGGGUGGUAGCCACCUUCUUCCUGCAGGCCAUUGGUAAUGAUGUCAUUAGCAUUAAGAUCCCCAAAUUUACUGCAGAUGGAAAUCAUACCGGAGAGUACCUCAAGGUGGAGCCCCUCAGUUUGAUGUUCUUGUUGUCCUUUGCCAUUCUUCUCCUCGUCCAGUUUCUGGCCAUGCUGUAUCACAGAGUCUACACCCUGAUACAUGUGGUGUCCUAUCGCGGCACAGAAAAAGACUACAAAGAGAGAGCCGAAGACCAGAAUGAAGAGGAGGACCUCACCAUGGAGAAUCAAUAUACCCUUUCUAUCACCACCGAGGACUUGUAACCUGUUGUAACAUAACAAACACAAU